UCAGAGCGAGCGCGGACGUUGAGAGUGUCCCGUCGCGUCGCGUCGUGUCGUAUCGUAAUCCUUGGCCCUUUUCGCUCCGAAUCCUUUUUCCUUGGCAGCCUUUUUUGUUCGAGACGGUGCUCGUCGGGAGUGUUCCGCGAAUACUUGGCCCGGACAAACAGUUUUCUCGUUGACAGAAUCUCGAUCGAAAAUACCCGGGACACGCACCUCGUUGCUCCGUAUCGUGGAAGCUUUCGGGAUAGAGCACGAUCGACAGUGCACGCUAGUGAAAUGUGCAGCAAUCGUUUCCAACGUUGAAAGUUUCUCGUAAUAACCGAACAUGAUCGAUCAAACUACGUGUCAAGGACAUGGGAAAUCUGUGUCGCGUUCGCUAGUCGCCGGUGGUGCCGAUGUACAAGUGCGAAUUCGAGCAAUGUAAAUAGUAAACGUAGUACUCCGUUGUGUACCUUCCAGUAGUGCCGUGUCGAGUUGUUGAUCAUUCGUUUUUGUAAAUAGACCGAAAGCAUCUGGUGAGAAUGUAAAACUCUGUACGAAUUAGUGUUAUCGCGAGUGUUAGUAUGCUGUAGUUUCGCGAAUUUGACUUUACUCGAGGCACCUAUGAGCACCGAAAGCCGCCAAAGCUGAGCUCAGGAUUGGCUAGCGGAAAGGCGCUGUCACCGCCAAACAUGCCAGAACAUCGAAUCGAUUGUUCUCGACAAGCUUGCUCGAAACUUUAGAAGACCGGGGACGAAGCAACAAAUCUGAACAAGAUGUCAAUGACUGGAAGCUUGAUGGGUUACGAGAACAACAACGAGGUAAACCAAGCGAAAUAUAAGAAGCCAUUGAAGCCGCUUCCGAUAGUGUCCAGCAUAAACUCCAGCGGCGUCUCGACGACCAGCAAAGCGAGAAAGCCGGCACCGCGUAGACCAUCGAAACGAAACUCGUGCAUACGUGGCCACGUGAACAGUCUGUGGUCCGUUUGGUAUGGCAUCCUGGCGGUCGCUUUUCAAGCUUACAUCGGCUUGAGAUACGCGAAACGGUUCGCAGCCUAUCUGUCGUUGCCCUGGCCCGCGGAUGCACCACCGCCAAAGAUCGAAUUGUACGCUUGUUUGGUGUUGGCUGGCACCGGAGUGGUCUUGCUUCCUGUUCUUCUCGGCGCGGCCUUUUUGAAGCUCGGCAACCUGGCCAACGAUGGAAUAAAGCUUGGCCGUCAUUUGAGCGCGUGCUCGCGCGAUCCACCCUCGUCGCUGCUCACCAGCAAUCCCGACAACAGUCUAGCGAAUAAUUUAUGGCGACACGGAGGUCCCACAGCGGCGUUUGUGCAUCUUUGCACGGCCAUGUGCUUCCUGCUGCCCUCGCUGCUCAUGGAGGCUAGGCUGAUACACGCUGGAUUCUUACCAAAAGAAGCGAUAUGGCGCACAGAUCUGGAUUGGAUAGUAAUUGAACGCGAUCGACUGGUCGUAUCCACCUUUUUGAAUCCGAACGUGAACCUUAGCGUUCUAACUGGUUUCAUAACUCCUCAACCUUUCGUUACUCUAACGCCCGACGAAGAGAUCGACGACGCCGUUAACGAUAUCGCGACCACGACGCCAACUUUGGCUGGGAUCGUUGACGAUGAGGUCGCAUUUCGCAGUCGAGACACCACCGAUCAAUUCUCCAAAUCGUUUCGUUCUUCGAGUACCGGCCUACCUCCACCCAUCGCACGAAUUUUAAACGCCAGCGCUACUUGGAGCACAACCACAGGAAAAAUUACAACGUCUGAAGCGCUAGGAGCACGUAAGACAACGCCAAAAAUGUUUGCAACGACAACGACCAAAACGACGACCACGUCCACGACCACGACCACAACCACGACCACGGGUUCAUCGACGACAGCGACGAUGCCAGCGGUGACAGAGUCUACGGUGGCAACCGCUUCGACGUCAACGUUUACGAAAAUGUUGAAGAGUACCACGGCCAAGUACGGUAACAACGUUAGGCGACCGACCGCGAAAACGAUCGUCAGGAGUAAUUCGAAAAUCAGGUCAAAGACGAAGACUUUGGCGAGAGCUUCGACGACGACGACGAAACCGACUAGAACUGCCACCGGAGGAAACCUAACUGCGCAGAGCAUGUCGCUGACGAUGAACAGCUUGGCGGAUUUGGAUCAUCCGGAACAGUUCAAUCUCGAAAUUGAGACCGCUGAACCUUACGGACCCAUUUCCCUGGAGUACUUGAAUUACGUUGUCGCUCUCGGAGUGUAUUCCGUAAGAUAUCCCGCGGUAUUCUGGUCGUGCAACAAAGCUCUCGGCACCAUCUUCAGUCUCCAGUUGGUCAUGAAUACCGUUCAAAGCUUGCUAGCCUUCGUUGGAAUGUCCGUUCUUUACAAGAUUCAAGUGGUAGGUCCGUUGAAAGUGCUGCCCGUUCUUCGACAACAGUAUCGAACGUUAUCGAGUACCAGCACCAUAUCGACCAUUUUCGGAGAUUCUUACUUCUUGCUGAACCCGCACGUCACCCUCGUUUUGUUCGCCCUCUCCUCUCUGCUGGUACUCUGCUCCAGCAUGGUGAUGUACUUUUACGCUUACGGCAGAUUCACGGCAUUCCUGAACCAGGAACGCGAGCGACGAGUGAUCUUGCCGAAAGAGAAUCGCGAGGGAAACGGCUGGGUAUACUUUAUCCAUUGCACCGCCCUGUGCGUCUUCUUGGCAAUCGCGAUCUGCAGCGCGCCGUUGCUCUACGACUAUAGCGUCGUUUAUCGUGCCAGCAUGGAUGGCGCCUAUAUGAUCUUGGCCUGUAUCGUCGCCACCGUUCUUCACCUUUUUCUUUGGCUCCUGUUAUGGAUCUGCCUGACGAUAAAGCAACGCUGGACGUUCAAAUUGAGAGUGACGAUCGGUCGUGCGACGGUUAGAUCGGCGCGGUCGGUGAAACUCGUGACGGACGUUGACCUAGUGUCGGCCAGGGACGACGAGGACGGUACCAGCGCGCCGCUGUUGGUCGUCGGAAACGGUAGGACUUACACUAUCGCCGACGCUUCGCCGAAAAAGGCCAUCAUGAGCGUGAUACAAAAGGCGGCCAUCGAAAGGAAGGCACGCACGCAAGGAAACACCGAUGCUGCGGAUGGAGAAUCGACGGCCGACGACGAACAGAUCUACUGGUUGAGGCCGAAAUUACGUCCAUCGCCGACGCAAUCGCCGAACGACGCCAACGGUGCGCCGACAACCGAUAAGAGCUGGCUGAACAAGAAACUGAAGCCCAAGGUCACCUUUAACGACCUGCCUAGUACGUCAGGCUCGCGUAAUAAGGGAAAAGCCAGACGAGGUGGCGGUGGCAGUGGCGGUGCCGGUGACGCGGGCGGACCUGAGGAUGACGGAGAUUACGCCACGUUACGGGAAUUACCGUUGAUCACGUCUUUGGAUCCCGCCGACGACUCAACGUCCGAGGAGAACAAGCUGCUCGAGUGCGUGAACGACGACCAAGUGACUUACUACGCGAGUGCGAAUCGCGAUCUGCAACCCUCGGAGGGUGAUCCCUCGCCCCUCUUGACUCCAGACCCUUUAUCCGAUCCUACCUUGGAGCCACUUCCACUGUCACCCCCGACUCCAACUUGUGCACCGACCACCGAAGUUAUCACGGCGCCACUAACCACUGACACCCAGACUAUCGGAGGACAAACGCCGCGCUGCCUGCGUCGAGCGGACUCGGGCAUGCCACACGACGAAUUGACGCCUCGCUCGGAUUCCUCCAACUCGCCGCCAUUGGAAGCGGGAUUGGGUGGCAGCAGCGGAGCCGGUUCGGUGACUGGUGGUCACAGCAACACGAGUAGCCACAGCGAGACGUCGUCGAGCGGCGUGCACAGCAACGCUAGCAACGCCAGCAACGGAAGUUGUCAACGUCGAGCGACCAGCGUGGACGAUUUGACCGGCGAGCAACGAGGGAACGAGGAACCGCGAGAGCAGUGGCGCAGUUGCUCCCUUCAACGAGGCACGCAACCACCGACCGCGAGCGCCGGAACCUUCUCGCCUCCGACCAGUCGUCCGAGCACCAGCCAAUCGUUCUCGUCGCCGCAGUACGCGAAUCACUUGCCAUUGAUCGUGAACGCUAACGCCAACACGAUCGUCGACGGCACCUCGGGCUCCAGCUCUGGCUCUGGUUCGGGCACGACCUCGGGCGCGGGCUGUCCAGCUGUGAUUUUGGAAAACCCGAACGAAGCAACGGUCGUGAUACGUCGCAAGCUCUCGAGAACGAAGCUCACGGAACCACUGAAUCCCAACGAGGAGCCUUUUGGUCGUUCCACCAACAUGAGAAUGACGUCUUUCACCGAGAGCAACGAUGUUCGCGUUCAUACCUCGUCCGCCACCCUGCCCCACUAUCCCACCCAACCAGUCGCCGUCACUUAUCCCCAUUGCUCGACCAUGCCGUUGCCCCACGCCUCUCACAGCAUGGCAAAUUCACACAUGAGCGGGUCCACCGGAAGCUGUGGAUCCGUGCCUAGGCAUACUUUCGUCGGGCAUCCACCGCAAGUACACGCGACGCCGACGGUCCCUGCGCACACCACCCUACCAUCCCAUCACAACGGCGUCAGGCUUCUGCACGCUGUUCCGCCGAGUAAUCCGUUCGUCAAGAGAUUUCCACCGGUACAGUUGCACACGCAACCUUGGGCUCUGCCAGGCCAUCACACUUUCCCUCAACAGCCCCAAGCCAACGGCAAGCUCUCGGUAGCCGCUCAGAUCAGGCAGACCGAUCGCGAUUCGGCAAACUUUUCCAUGGCCAGCAGCGGCGACUCCGACACCUGUUUACCCCAUUAAGCGUCUCUCGCCUUGCCUUACCUCGCAUCGCCUAGUAGUAGAUACGCGACGUUCGUGGUUCGUUCCGCGCCAAGUACACUUUUCCGAAAGAUCGUCGAGCCAGACGAGCCGUAUACACAUAGCCAUACACUAUACGUACAGGUAUGUAUAGCGUGGAGGUCGAAGAAGCGUGUGGCGAUCGUCGAGAACAAGGUAUUCCGCUAAAAACGAAGGAAAAGGCUUCCCACCCCCCGUCCCGCGAACCGUUCGCGUGCGAACAGAUCUCUCGAGGAUGAUCCAAAUAAUUAUUCCGUAGAAAAAUCAGAGUUACAUGGAACGCGAGUUUGAACCGUAUCCCGCAACAUGCAACAUAUCAUACUUUUGCGACCCAUCGGAGAGGAGAAUCUCCGACGAGUACAAAUUAUAUUUUUAAUACAACGAUCGUCUAUCUACGAGACAUCAUUUUUUCCAAACUUCCAUAUCAACGGUCUCUCGAUGCUUCCGUAAACCAAAGAAAGUGAAAACAUUUUUGUACCGUCAUUUAAACGUUGAAACGAAACGCGCGAAUCUCGUGGUAAACAUAUCUCGCUCGUAAUCCGGUACUCUAACCGCUCGUAAUCCGGUAACGAUGCAAAAGGCACGCGACGCUAAUUACGAACGAUCCUUGAAGCGUAACAGCACGAAUACCUUUUCUCUCCGAUCGACGCCGACGGUCGGAUCUUUUCCAGUCGAGCGAAGCGCGGAACGGAAAUCGCACGCGCGAUGCCAAGCAAACCAUAUCGCAUCGUCGCGAUACGAUAUGCUCGCGACCGAAUUUACAAUAAAUAAGGGAACGAGUCGUACGAUGUAAUUGUAAUAGCUACUCGACGACUUCUCGUGGCUUACUACUGUUAGGAAUUACUCGGAUCGGUGGUUCCUAUGCGAGAAUCGAUAAACGGUACACGAUCGGUCGUGUACCGUUCCAUUCUUUGCGAAUACCCCUCAUUAUAUUCGGGUAUUCUGCCUAUAUAAUUAACGAUCGGGUAAGACACUUCUCGCACGUGCUGUCUCGUGUAACAUUUUUAAUUACGUGUCUUUUCGUACUCGAUUCUUUUUUCUUUUUCCUUGUUUUCUUUCGGCUACGUUUCGAUUCAUUUUUAUUUUUCACCGCUACUUUUUCCUCUAUUUAUACGUUUACUUUUGUUUUAUUUUUCGUUUUGUUUUGUAAAUAAAAUCGUUGAUGGUAAAUUUCACGGAUUCUGUUUUCGUUUACGGUCAUCCAUGCGUUACGUAAACCAAACGAUCGUAUCGAACUUUUUGUCGAAAUUGAUAUUUCGAAUCGGUUACUUGGUGUCGUCGUUGCGUGUAAUCGGUAUUCCGGAUCUUUGAAACUAGACGAAUCUAUGUACAGCGACCGUUCGUCGCGGGCAACGAUGGGUGAUAUCGUUCGCCGUACAAUUUCGAGCGAAAUUUUUGUUAACGGUUCGGAUGCAAAAAGCAAGUAAACGAAUAAACGAACGUGUUAUAAAAUGUAAGAUCGAAACGACCGAUCCGUCGCGUCGCGUCGUAAGCGUUGAAACGAACGGCUCGAUAACGAACGUUAGACGAGGUCAGCACGUGGCGGGCCAUUAUUAGGGAAGGUUAAGGGAACGAUUACUGCCACUAAUUGCGAGGAUCUAUGGAUCUCUGUUAUACACGUAUAUUUACUUGUUUGAUCGACUGCCAUGUUAUUUCGUCCUUUCGCGAAUUUAAGCGUUCUAGAAGCGUUCGUUCUACUCGCGGUAAUUUGCGGGCAUCGAUUUAACGCGUUUAACGCUUCCUACACACUAGUUGAAAUAUACAUUUCAUUUCCUUUCGCGACUAUAUAACUCUCGUCGGAGACGCGUGAAAGGGCAGAAACUGCUGACCUCGCGGAGAUGCAUCGCGGCCAGGACCGAUCGCUUAACGCUUAUCCUACUUUUUGUUUCUUUUCCACGAAAUUUGGUUCCGAGGUGGCGAAAGGUCGAGGGAGAGGUGGUCGAAAACGACUCGGCUAGAUUUUUCUCGCGAAUAGAUCGAAUCUCGGUGUAAACGCGAGGCUCGCGGCAAGCGAUAGGGCCUGAUCGCGCAGUAUAGGUUUCUGUUUCUAUGGAUCGCCUGGGUUAGGUCUAUGUACGCGUCUCGCGACUGCGACCUCUCCUCGCAGUCUGUUCGCAGUGUUGAUACGGAGCUCGUCGAGUCUGUUCCACCGUAGAAACGAUUUUCACGAUAAUCGAACGGAGAAAAGGAUCGAGCCAGGCGCGACGGUAACGUUCGCAGCCGAGACAAAAGCAACGAUAGGCAGAAGCCCCCGUUUAAACCGAUUUCAAGCACCCAGUGUGCGCCCGAGUAAUCGUAAUUACGAAUAUCCGAUCUUCGGAAACGAGAAACUCGCGUACUUUGUACUUCGAAAGCAGAGAAAGAACGGUGAUAAUAACAAAAAUUGUUCAACGCGUACCUACGAUGUUGUUGCUAGAUAUCGGAACACGUUGAGAAAUUGCUGACAUUUUUCAGACGAGAUGAUAGUAUUUUUAUGAACGAUCUUUACAAACGACUAAAUGCACAGAGUAGCGAUACAAACACGGCACAAUGUCGCACUCAUAGAUGAACACUAAAACGCUAUGCACUCUUUCUUUUUUCGACGAAUUAGUGAAUUUCUUUAUGAUUUCGAAUCGCGAUCGUCUCUAAACUUAACCCCCAAAAUUAAGACGAAACCGCUGCUCAACGAUGUAAACGGACAGAUGAAAUAUCUUGGAUUAUUUUUAAAUAGCUUCCAACCGUUUUUCGAGCGGAAAAAUUCUUUAAAAAAAGAAAAAGAAGAAAAAAAAAAAAAGAAACUGAUACAGCGCGCAAGACGCAAAUUUCUUCAUAUUUGUGAAACGAAGAUGGAAUCAAGAUCGCUAGUUAGUCGCGAACAUCGAGCAAACCGGAUGUACAGGUGUCUUUUUUAUACGCGAUCGAGUAGGAAUUUCAAUCGUAAUUCCACGUAUUUUGUAUGCACUUUUUGCGAGACUGAAACGAACGGAGACCAUCGAUACAAGGUUGUAUCGAACAAUUUAAAUUUUAAGUAUUCGCAUGAAAUUUGAAAUUCUAUACCGUAGGGUAUGGCUUUCGAGCGACAUAGACGUUGACGUCGCCGUUGCCGUCGACGAAUAACGAUACGAAUAAGAUCGAACGCUUUUUCUACUACAAGGAAAUUUCCUUUAAAACGUACUCGAUACGAAUCGAGGAAAUAGCUGUUUCGUUAUUUUUCCAUGGACUAGUUAGUUAUGCCUUCUCGAGUAGAACGAGUGUAAAAUAUUGUUCCGUAUUUCGAAUAGAGGGAAAACGAUCUCAAAUCGACCAGAUAACCAUCGAAAAUGUGCGUAUAUUUUCAAAGAAUGCGUCGGGAAACGUUGGAUGUUCGACGUCGAAUAUGAAAAUGAUGAUUAUCUGGAUGGAUGUUGCAAGAAACCCCUAUAAUUUUUAUACCUCAAGUAGGACCGGCUAGAUCAAAUUUUUUGCAAGCAAAUGAAAAGAUUCAAAUCUAUUCUUCUAGGAUCGAAAGCAUCGAAACGAAUACAGUGAAAGCUUACGGCGUCUACGAAAGGCAAAGCGUGCGUUGUUCUCUGUCUGCGUGCAUUGUUCUCUGUCUGCGUGCAUUUAACGAUACGUGUACGCGUGUGCUGCGUAUGCGACUUUGUACGCAAGAACACGUUCUUUUCUACUAUUGUUUUGCGCCCGUGUAUUUAAAAAAAUUGCCAGAGAUACAGACUCAGCCUAUCGUAUCGAUAAUAAUCGACUUUGAACGAUUUAAAGCGCGAGAUUCGUUUUAUUUCGCGACGACGGUCUUGUACGCGAAUGAAAUACUUGGUAAACUUUGCAAGGUUCGAUUCGCUGAGAUCGGUUGACGAGGCUGCAAACGAGACGAAUCUUUCACUGUAUUUGUAUAUUUUUUCAAGCGAACGUUACCGCAUGCUCUCGAAUAUCGAUACGGUAUCGAUGCCUGGAUAAAACUUGAUUCCAUCUUUGUUCGUAGUUUAAAAAAAGGACGCGUCGAUGAAGCAAAGGGAGAAAGAGCGAGAGAAUAUGCCGAUCGCACAUAUCACGAUGAAAAGACCAUCCGUUCGCAACGACACGAUCUCGGCGUUGGCGAAUCCUGAUCAUUCGGUAAACGAGAAUCAUCGUCGUUAUCAGCAACACCAGCAAUAGCAGCAAUAGCAGCAAUAUAGCAGCACCAACAAGAAGCGUUCGAAUGAAAUAGGACGAUCGGGCGAGUGCCGCCGCCUCGUGAAAAUAUUUUUGUACCGUCUAGCGUCAGUCGGUGACCGUACUCUGUUCGUUAUACUAGAUUCGGCUAGAACCUAAACGCGCGAACGUGGACUGUCGAAGGAAGGCUCUGACUCGACCAAACGAACAGCCUAGUCGCCUACGUUGCGCGAUUAGAAUUUUUCGGCAGUCAUCGAUGGAACAGAAACUCCGAGGUUACCGGUUUCCAAACAGUUAUCGUACAGUACGCGAAUCGUUAGCCGUGAUUACUUAUCGAGCUAUCCUGGAUUAGAUUCUAGCCAAGAACCUUGCUUCAGAGCCCUCCCGAGCCGAGUCGCGUCUCGAGCGUGUAUUGUAUAACCGCGAAAGAGUGAGAGGGGGGUUUUUUGGGGGAGAGAGCGUAGCGUGAGAGAAAAGAAGAGAGAAUGCGCGUGCGUGAUUUAAUUCGUCGCCUUCGACGGCUCGGUUCCUUCGAAAAAAUGUAAAUAAUUUAAGGACCGCGUCGAACCCGCGAAGAACACGACGAAACAAACGAGAUGAAUGUGAACUCUGCGAAGAAUUCAGCGAACAUGUACGAAUAAUUGUAUAAAGACUGAUUAGACUAGCGUUGGUAUUUAUUCGAAUUCACGCAGUUAAAUGCUAUCGCUUUGUGCGCUCUCGAGUCCUCACGGAGCACGAUACCAAAGGUAUUCUCGACCAACUUCCAUUUUUCUCUUAGUCUUUGACAUACUUUAUUCGCAAUUACCAUUUAGAUUCGUAUUUGGUAAUAAUCCUACAAAUCUAUACACAGACCCGAUUCCAUAUAUCUACAACAUACGAUUAUACAAUAGUGCUUCGAUUCACUUUUCCGUAUAAGCCUUUAUUUACUUUGUACACCGAGCACUGUUCGAGCACAGCCGAUCGUUUCUCAAAACUUACUCCGAAAAGAAUCAUUUUUCUUCAACUUUGCGCUACAGCUUUACCGUCGUCGCGUUUCUGUUCUUCGAAAUACCACGGAAACUUUCAUAUUUUUCGCGCGAAUCAAUCGAGACGCAGAAAUUUACACGGAACGCGGUAAGAAAAGCUAACGGCCUACGAAAGACUCGGAAGAUUUGCGUUUCGCUUCACCCUGUUUUUCUGCCAUUUUAACUUUUCAACCAGCCUCGGUAAUUCCGAAUCAUCGACUCAUUUAAGCGUUAUAGGUUCCAGAAAAAGAUCCGUCGUGCUCUCGAAAACGUAUAUAAACGGGCCAAAGAGAAAAAGAAAAAUGGUAUGCGCCGUUGUAACAGCGACAUUAUUAUCGUCACAACGUAUCAAUAUUACUCGAUGCAUCGUAUAAGCAAGUAAACUAGAUGUAAACUUUGUAUAUUCAUUUACCAAGAGAAUAAAGGUAAAUUAUUCGAGGAAG